CGCGCUGCGGCGCAACACCGCUCUCCCGCGCUCGCGCGCCGGCCACGUACGAACAAGCGGGAACACGAGGGCAUCCUUGUCGACGGCUACCGUUGCAUUCUUCAAUUGCCCUCCUUUCGAUCACUGUGUACCUAAUGACGGCCAUCCUUGUCAUUGAUCUGCAAGCCAUCAUGUUUGAUGGCGUCGUGAGCGUCCCGAUCCACAACGCGACGAGCCUCGUCGACAACACCAAGCGCAUCCUCGCGUGGGCGCGGCGCGAAGCCAUGCCCGUGGCCUUUAUCCGCCAUGAAGAAGACGAAGGCGCCAUGGCGCCAGGCGCGCCGGGCUGGCAUGUCUGGCCGGCGCUCGGCCAAAACGAAGCGACCGAACCGACGUUCUCCAAGACCGUCCCCGAUGCGUUUAGCAAUCAUGCGCUUGCCAAGUGGCUUCGGGAUGCCGGCGUCUCGCGCCUCGUUCUCCUCGGCGCCCAAACCGACUGCUGCGUCAACGCCACGACCUUGGGCGCACUCGGUCUCGACUAUGACGUGACUGUCGUCGCUGACGCCCACUCGACGUGGCGCUUUGAGAAUGACGUCGCUGUCGACGCGUCGCCCGUCAUUGACGCCCACAACAAGGCAUUCGCAGCUGCCGGCGCAACGCUGAAGACCACGAACGAGCUCGUCGAAUGAGUGCAGCAGCGAUGACGAGCGAUUCUCUGUCACAUCGUCCUGUUGCGUCCAAUGUGCCUAGUUUCUCGUGCAAUAUUCUAACACAUCCAACACGAUGUACAUGUUUGGUCCUUC